UGGGAGCCGAGCCGCACACUGCGCAUGCUCCGAGCGCGGCGCCCCCGACCCGGCGCUCGGCUCGGCUCGGGCAUUUCCGCCUCUUUGUUUUAAACUCCGGACGGCUUUUUUCUCCUCCUCUUGGGGGGAACCCGGAGGGAGCGGCGCCCCCUCCCCCUCCCGGCGAGACCCCGCGUGCGCCCGCUCGCCCGCCGCCCGAGACGCAGGCUUCACCAUGUAGCCGGGACUCCAGCUCUCCCGUGCAGAAAAUGGAAAGAGGGCAAGGGCCAGAGGGAAGGUGCAGAAGUGAACCAGAGAGCAGCGUGUGGAGGCAUCACAUCCGCAUGGUGGCCUGAAGCCUCCAUGCCACGGCAGGAGGAGGAACUCGCAGACAUCCAGAGGAGAAGCCAAAGAUGUUGACUAGAAAGAUCAAGCUCUGGGACAUAAAUGCCCACAUCACCUGCCGCCUGUGCAGCGGGUACCUCAUCGACGCCACAACAGUGACAGAGUGCCUGCACACAUUCUGCAGGAGCUGCCUGGUGAAGUACCUGGAGGAGAACAACACCUGCCCCACCUGCAGGAUCGUGAUCCACCAGAGCCACCCACUGCAGUACAUCGGUCAUGACAGAACCAUGCAGGACAUUGUUUACAAGUUGGUACCAGGCCUCCAGGAAGCGGAAAUGAGGAAACAGAGGGAGUUCUAUCACAAGUUGGGCAUGGAGGUGCCAGGCGACAUCAAGGGGGAGGCGUGCUCUGCAAAACAGCACUUGGAUCCCCGGAAUGGUGAAACCAAAGCAGAUGAUAGUUCAAACAAAGAGACAGCAGAAGAGAAACAGGAAGAAGACAAUGACUACCACAGGAGUGAUGAGCAGGUGAGCAUCUGCCUAGAGUGCAACAGCAGCAAACUGCGGGGCCUGAAACGGAAGUGGAUCCGCUGCUCAGCCCAGGCCACCGUGCUGCACCUGAAGAAGUUCAUCGCCAAGAAGCUCAACCUUUCCUCUUUCAAUGAGCUGGACAUCUUAUGCAAUGAGGAGAUCUUGGGCAAGGAUCAUACCCUCAAGUUCGUGGUGGUCACACGGUGGAGAUUCAAGAAGGCCCCCCUCCUGCUGCACUACAGACCCAAGAUGGACUUACUGUGAGCCUGCAGUGCAGACUCGCACCUGCACCUGGCUGCACUCAGCCACCCACGGUGACUGCGCCGUAGAAUGUUGCAUCUGGGUGCCAUGCGGACCAGAUUUCUGAAUAGAGAAUAUUUAUAACUUUUGUAUAAAAGAAUCCACACCCAACAAGACACUACCAGCACGCGUUUACAGAGGAUGAAAACACUUCGCAGUUUCAUGGAGCCGAACGUGCCCAUCUCUGCCUCUGGCCCACAGGCAGAGUGAUGAGCACCUGUGACAGGCGUCCGCGCCACCCUCCGGCAUAGAUGGCCCUCGCUUGCUUUCCAGGUCUUGGGAAUCAGCUCAUUUCAGUUUAGUUCCUGGAUCAGGUUUCAUGAUAAGCCUCAAAAAUACUUGUACUUUUAUUGAGUCCUUCCUAAGUUAUUGAAACAUGUUUUCAUGGUAAAUGAUAUUUAUGUUGCCUUUAGCUUCCCGAAGACGUAGAAGAUAUAUAAAAAGUUUAAUUUAAAAGCAUACCAAAAGGGGCUUGCAUGGUACCACAGCGUUUAAGUUCCCACUUGCACAGCACCACCCAGGCCCGACCGGGCCCUCGUCACCCGGCUUCCCGUCGAGGUUCCGGCACACUCAGGCAAGGUAGACCAGAGGUGGCUUCUCCAGCUAAGCGUUGGCCUGCAAAACAGUUCUUCUUUUUUAAGAUUUCUUUGAUUAAAAUGGGCACAAAUUGUUUGGUGCCGUUCUAUUAUAAUCUCCUGCUUUUCUUUGCCUUUUUUGUGGUGAUGGGAGCGAUGGUGGGGUUUGUGUUUGGUGCUUAUCAGACAGCGUAGCCUGUGGGGAGACCUGCUGGUGAAGUCUCCUUUCCGGCACUUGCCUGCUGCCGUCUCCAGGUCCCCUCCUGUACGGGGAGGCGGCCUUUGCUCCGUGACCCUCCUCCACACAAGGCAGCUUUUGAGCCAAGCGACUGGGCUCAGCUCCACCCAGCCAAGGUUGCUUUUUUGGUCACAGGCAAGAUCCUCCCUUCCUGAAUGUGAGAUGUUUUUGUCAAAGGAGAGAGUAAGCUCUGCCAGCACAGAAACAGUGUUCCUUCAAGGCUCAGAUGUGGGCCUGCCAGGGCUGGGGCCGCUUUGCACAGCAGCUUGCAGUGCUGCCGGAGUCCUAUCAGUCUUGUCCAGCCUUGGGCCUGCCCUUCCCCUCCCAGGCCCUCCCUGAUGAGCUGACCAUGGCCACAGCCGGUCACUCAUCGAGGCCGCCACCCCGGCUCUUGCUGGGUAGAUGAGGGUCUCCAUGUGUCUGGGGGCCAGGUUUUUGUGAGUUUUUCCCUUAGCAACUAGAACUCUUUCUUGAAUUUGCUUUGAAAGCCGUAUUUGGGCUUGUCAACAUCCAGUUCUGUUUGUUUUCUUCUGCUUCCUGUUUCACAUACACAAAAUGUCAGAAACAGCGGCCAGUGAGACCUAAGGUCAGUGAUGAGGAGGCAACCUUUGAUGCGAGGCCUUUCUAAAGUACAAACAAAAGCCUUGGUUAGAAAUUGGUCAAAACUCACCUCUUGGUUUAAGCCCAGGACUGUGUGGAUUAUUCCAUUUCCUGAGCUGGCUACUCAUCCAAAUCGUUUCUAGAGUUACUACACAAGGGUUUAUGAGUAAAUAUUACCUGUCUACCUCAAACCACAUGUACUGCUGAAGCAUUCUGUAAAACCACGAUAUCACAAUGCAGUUUUAAGUGUAACAUUAGAAUUUAGGUAUUUUCCUGUGUGGUGAAACUGAAGAAGGAUUAAACAGUUUGAGCCUCCAAAUUCAAAUAAAGUUAAUUCACCGUUAGAUCAAACUUAAUAUUGCUGUAUAAUCUCAUAUUUGUACCGUUGUAGCUACCUUUGGAGUCACUUGACUUGCUAUGGUGCUAAGUUGAUAGAUUUCAGUGUGCAGCAAGGUGGGGUGUCAAAUCCAGCCCGAUUUCCAGCCGGGUGCCACCCACCCUGAGCAACUCAGCUUCUGUCACCAUUACCCUGACCAAACCUAAGCAGCAAAAGUACCUAUUUUUCUAAGAUUCCACCACACGACUGUCUUCACUGCAGGACCGUCCAGCGAUCUCUGCCCUGAGGUCUGACUCGUAGCCUUACCUAGUUCAGAGCCAGGAGUGGAGGAAGCUGCAUCAGCGAAUGCUCUGGACAGUCCAUUUUAUUCCUGUAAGCUCUCAUUUGACAUCAAAGGCUGAAUCUUACUUUUUCCAGCAUGAACACCAGGAUCAGCUAGUGAUUGGUCCUGUUAAGUUUUCUUAGCAGAUGGAGUUGCUGUGAAGUCGUUUUCAUCACUGUUGUGCUGGUAAAGCCAAGGCUGUCAGAUGGGCCCUGCACACCUCCAGCAGCGGUGGGACCAGCCUCUCCCGCACGUGGUCUCGCUGGACACUGUUUUCACAAAAAUAGAAAACUCAGAUAGAAUAUAUAAUAUUGAAUUUAAGAUUUGGGGGGUUAAAAAAGAAAACUUAACUUUAUAAAAUUAUUUAUUCUAUUUUAAGCCUUCUAUCAUAUUUUGCCAUCCAGUUGUUUGGUUUUGGUGGUCCAGCUUUAUUUACAGGCAUAUAAGAUGAAAUUGUAAGAUGUUUUGCAAGCUUCUUUUACUUUGAGUAGGCUUUAAUUCAUAUGCUUUUAUAGGGAUGAAGAGCAUUUAUAUGCUUUCGUGCAAUAGAUUCCAACAUGCAUUAUUCGAUAUGUUUAAGUUGUGAUGUAGCAUCAAUUCUGCUAAACAGAAAGGGAAUAUAGGUGGAACUUCAAAAUGUGUGCAUUUGCCCAUUUGGCUUUUCCUUUUCAUUGUUGCUGUAUGAGUGCGGUUACUGGGAUUGUUUGCACGCGCGCGCGCGUGUGUGUGUGUGUGUGUGUGUGUGAAUACCUGCCAGCAAUAUUCAGAAGCAAGUGCCACGGAAGUCCGUGGGCCCUGGGCCCAUUGCCCUGGGGCUGGGAUCACAUGGCCUCAGCCUGCAGACCUGACGGUGCUGCCUUCUUGGCCUGCCGGCCUCUGAGGCCUGUGCUUGGCAUUCAGUGUCUUUGGACAGUUGUUGGUUUUGUCUCUAGAGACACGCAGUGUGGCAUUCACAGUGAUCUGAAAUGUGUCAUCCGAUUGAAUGACCUAGGAAUGAGCCAGCUGAUUUCUGCAUUGUACGUAAAUAUUUAAUGUGCUUUCAGAACAUUCAAAAUUUAGUGCAGAUAGCUAAAUCACAAAAGAAUCCAAUUUAUCUGUUUCCUCAGGAAAUCAUGUACGCCCCACCACAUCACAUGUGACCUUAACAUGAAAACAAAUGUGUUUCUCUGCCUUGAUACUUAAAUACACUAAGGAAGUAACUGGGGUAAGUAGAGUAGAAAAAUCAUCGUUUAAAUUAUAUCAUAAUCUUUACACGUAUUGUGCCCCUCUGGGAACGGCUGAGGGGCUACAGCCGCCUCUGUGCAUUGCUGUCCCAUCCGCGAGUGCACUGAAGAGUGGGCUGAGGCGUGUGUCCCCGACUUGUGUGCAGCGUUGGUGUGCGCAUCCAUCCCUGUGACUCAGAGGGGUCUUAGAGACACAUUUUCCCAAGCGACAGUGACAGGUCAGGACGGUAGCUCAGGCUGAGCCUUUGCCCAUGGUGCGUGGGAGCUAAUGAAAGCUAUCCCGGUGUGUGGGAGUGAUAACGCAGAUACAUAGUUUGACUGUUUAAUUUGAAAGUUUACAUUUUUUAUGCUUUGUGUUGGUGUGUAAUUUUUGUACCAUCGGUGGCUAGUUUUUGUCUAAAAUCUUUUUUGGAAUAUUGCUUAAUGUUUUGAUUUCAUGAUAGUGAAGCUUGUAUUCAGUGUUUUGCCAAUUAAUAUUAUAUGCUUGUAAUAAAAGCAGAAGAAAAAAAUU